AUGCACUUUGCUGUCGACUCGGGUGUGGAUGGGAGCGCUCUUAUUGGGGUAUCUACUAGAGAUAGUACGUAUCUCAGACUGUGCGCAUGUGGGGAAACCUGCUCGUAUGUACCACAGACAGACAAGCUCAACUGUCCUAAGUUCGCGUCUGCAAACAAGUACCACGGUAUUGUACGACCCGGUAUUAGGCUCUGCUCGAUAUUUCAACCUUCGAAUAUUCGAGUUCGCGGGGUACCUGUGUCACCGAAAACAAAAGUUGGACUUACUGGGUUGGCACGGGCCUACUUACUCUACUUCCGCCUCUCAAACUGGUUGUAG